GAAUCGCACCAGCUAAAUACACAAUUGUGACCAUGGUUCUGGACUUCCCAAUCCCUCAAGUCUAUGGCCGAGAUCCAAGGAGGAGAAUGUUCCUGAUGGGCACGCAUAGACCACAGACCCCUGCCCCGGGAUGCUCGGGUUGACGUUGCCCUCGUUGAUUUGCCAGUUCCCCGCUCGCAACCACCGACGGAAUAAGGGACAUCCAGCUUCCCCGCUCCCUCGGCACGAAUGCAUCGCUAUUUAGUCCCCGGUGUCUACCAGGGAGGACGGCGGCUGGCCUUACUCUAUCAUCAGCCCGGCUGAUUUCAUCAUCUCAACGUCACGACCACGAAAAUGACCAAGCUGGCUGGGGCAAGCAUCCCCUCUUUCACGGUCGAUGGGAAAACCGCUAUCAUUACAGGUGCUGGAUCGGGUAUUAAUCUUGCUUUCGCAUCCCUUCUUCUAUCACGCAACUGCAAUGUGGUGAUCGCCGAUCUUACCCUCCGUGCGGAAGCCGAGCAACUCAUUGCUAGGCAUGGGGCCACCGAUACGUCGCCUCGAGCCGUCUUCAUCCGGACGGACGUCACUUCCUGGGUGGACCUGGACCGUAUGUUCACCCAAACACUGUCCCUGUUUGAAGAGUUUCAUAUCCUCUGCCCCGGUGCUGGGGUCUACGAGCCAGUAUGGUCGAAUUUCUGGCAUCCGCCGGGAUCCCAGGCAAGCAAGGACGAAGCUGAUGGGGACCGGUACGCCUUGUUGGAUAUAAACAUCACCCAUCCUAUCCGGGCUACCCAACUAGCACUGUCACAUUGGCUGCAUCCGAAGGGCCCAGAUGCGAUCCCUGUCGCCCCGGAUAAUCCAAGGCGCGUCGUCCACAUCUCCUCCGUCGCGGGUCAAAUGCCUAACAUAGUCUGUCCCAUGUAUGGGGCGUCGAAGUUUGCCGUAACGGGCUUUGUCCGAUGCUUGGGUCCGCUUGAGCAGGCUAUCGGCGUUCGUGUCAAUGCGGUUGCCCCGGGCCUAAUCCGAACGCCACUGUGGACCGAUAAUCCCGAAAAGUUGAUGCUCGUAGACCAAGAAAAGGACGGAUGGGCCACUCCCGAAGAGGUGGCAUUUGCCAUGUUCAGGUGUCUGGUGGAGGACGAUCUGCAAGGAGGCACUGUCUUAGAAGUCGUGCGAAAUUCAACACGAAGGGUUGAGGCUCUCAAUGACCCUGGUCCGGAGAGAGCUCUCGGAGAUGGUUCACUGGCAAGUAAGAACGCUAAAGGGGCCGAGCAAAUCCUGAAGUCCCUACAGCAAAAGGACAUCUGGGGACUAUGAUCGCCGCGUGUGUGGCUUUGUAUGCCCCGGCUUCUAGCUCUAUCGUGGUCUGUCAUAUUAGGAGAGGAACUCCUCAAGGUGUGACAUCGAAGUGCAAUGGGGUGGUACCGUCGUCUACUACAGAAAGAGGUAGCCAACCUGUUUUCCAAAAUUCGCCCGCGGUCUACAUUGGGCUACAGC